AUGCCGCGCAGCAAGGGAGUCCAGGAGGUCGACACGUCGGCGCUGUUCCGGCUUCCGCUGGCCUUUGGCUCCGUGCGAGCCAAGGGGGAGCUCAACCAGGGCGGGUGGGGCGGAGGGCAGGCCGUUCAUGCCUUCGAUGGCCACGCGAGUCCCACGACUGGGUAUACUGCGUGGAUCGACCCCAACGCAACGAGAGGGGCAGGAACGUGGAUCGUGUAUCACCUGACGAAGAACCACGCGUGCGUUGUGACCGCCUACAGCCUCACCUCCGCGGGGGACCCCGAGAACAGCGACCCCUCCGAGUGGGUCCUCGAGGCCAGCGAGGACGGCAAGUCCUGGGUGCAGGUCGACGCCCGCAAGGACGUCAAGUUCAAGGCCCGCUGGCAGACGCAGACCUUCAAGACGCGGUGGAACGUCGCGGCGCGGUCGUGGCGGUUGACGGUCAUCCGCGCACGCGGCGGACGGAACACCAUCGGCGUCCACCUCGGGGAGCUGGGGCUGUGGGUGGACAAGCCCGCGUGGAUGAUGCUGCAGGCCGCGGAGACCCUCAAGGGCCGUGCGGCGACCCCCGCAAAGACGCAAAAGGGGUUCGACGCCAAGUACCGCGCCAAGCCGGUGGUCGAGAAGCCCGGCGGCGGCAUGAAGGAGGGCUGCAAGUGCGUCGCGUGCGGCGCGGCCGGCGUGUGCGGCGGCGCGCUGUGCUGCGACGCCUGCUGCGGCACCAACUUCUGCGGCGCGUUCGGCAGCUGCCUGCGCUGCUUCAUGUGCUGCUAG